AUGAUGGAGCAGUAUAAGAACUUUAUCGACAUCGAUGACGGUGAUGACUGCAAGUCUGUUGAUGGAGUUAUUAAACCUUGUUCGUAUCCAGAAGAGUUUGACAAGGACACUCAAGAAAAGGAUGUAUCAGGCCGACGGAGAUCAGGUCACUGUUGCCACAGCAUGUUUGAUUGGGAAUAUCAGGCAACAUUACAGUCGCUUUCUAAGGAGAUUAGAAAGCUUGGGUAUCCAGAAGGGUCCACGAUCAACAAGGUCAAGAAAAAGAAAAGUCAUUGUAUGAGUACAAUGCUAGUAGCAAGUGUUGAGAUAUGA